AUGCCUCGGGCUUCAAACAGCGCCACCUCGCUUCCUGGAACGGGCGGUCAUUCGCCAGGGUCCGAAGGUCCAUUGCCAUCAGCAACCGAAAGCGCAUACGAUACAAUGACAGAUGCAGAGCGAGUAUACCGGUCAAGAAUGUACAGAGCCACACGCCCCUUCACUGCGGGUGAUGACACGAGCACGAGGGCCUCUGAACAUACCGAGAUGCUUCGACCAGAGCAUUCUGAUAUCUUUGGAGAUCUAAGGGACAUCAAUGCCGAUGACCCCCUUGCUGGUUCCUGGAACGUUGAUCCAUACGACAGUGAUCCAGAAAUGACAGUACACUACGUGGAGUCCUACUUCACAUCAGUCAAUGAACUUUAUCACAUAUUUCCACAUGCUCGUUUUGUCUUAUGGCUGAAGUCUUGUCAUACUAAGUCGGCUGAAGACAAGAUGUUGCUAUAUUCGAUGAUGGCAUUGGGGUCCAUCUUCUCCGACCGGCCUGACAGACUCGGAGCACUGCGACGAUAUUCCAGAAUUGCACGGUUUGCUAUUCAAAAGAGUCAACAUGCGCUGUCUUUGCAGCUUGUUCAAAGCCACUUAAUUAUGAGCCUUCUCUACUACGCCACGGGAUCAUUGGUAGGAUGUUGGGAUUCGAUCGGCGCAGCUGGACGAGCAGCCAGUGGCCUGCGAUACAACGUGGAGUCCGGAGGCGUUAUCGUGGAACAAAACCAAGUCUGUGACUAUGGACUUCAUCCACAGGCUUUGAUUGAAUGUCGCCGUCGGACGUACUGGGUUGCGUUCAUUUUCGAUCGAAUUUCAAGUUUCUUUUCCGCAACUUCCACCUUCAUCUCGUCCGAAGCAGCUUUGAUCCGACUUCCUUGUCGCGAAGAAAUAUACGAGGCGCAGCAAUACGCAACCGCGCCAUACUUCCAAACCGUUCUUAACCAGGCCACCGUCACAGAUGAUGAUCUAUCGGCUCUCAGCCCCAUGGCUUUCUUAAUCCAGAUUAUGUCAAUUUGGGGAGACGUUUCUUUGAAUGUGUUCCGCUUGGCACACGCUCCAUCAGAGGGUUAUGCCCAGCUUGCGGAGGAAUUCCACGAGAUAAUCACCCACCGCGCCGAAGACUGGGUAAAAAGACUUCCUGAGCACCUAGUUUUCUCCGCUGUCAACCUCGAACGAGCCGCUCAAGUAAAGAAAGCGGACGCCUUCCUUUCAAUCCAUUUGUUCUACCACGCCACUUUGAUGAAGCUGUACAGACACGCCCGAUAUUCGAGCCUGAGAUCUGAGAUACUGGUCCAGUAUAUCCACCGAGCUCGAUUCCACGCAGUUGAAGCCCUGAGGAUUGCCAUAGCAGUCAUGCCAUACACCAACCCUGACACACCCGGGCUUAAUGUGACGCUUCUCAGCCCACCAAUGGGCUAUUUGGUUCUAUCUGCCGUGGAUGUGCUCAGUGCAGCUGGCUUAGUGGCAGAGCUACCAGACUGUAUUCCAUUGAUCAGAGGGGCUCUCAGCGUAGUGCAGCUCUUGUGCCGUCAUUGGGACAGUUCUUUGGAUUUGGCCAAUUCCAUACAAAGGCGUUUGGCAAUAAUGAUUGAUUGCUUUAAUGACAGAGCCCGAUCUCCAGACAAGAUUGUGUUUGCAGUGGAUGGGUCAUCGUUAGAAAUCAAGGCCCGCACCGGUGCGCCUUCAUCUCAACCACUCGGUGGUCUUGAUGAGGACUUAUUCUACGGAUCAAUGCCAAGAGAGAUGCUCCUCCAUGCUAUGCGGGUUGACGAUAUUCCUAUCUCAGAGAACAGCAUCUUCUGGCUCAAAGACCGCUAA